CAUCUAAUUUAUACCAAUGGGACUUCUUUUAGAGACGACAUCUGCUCCCAUAUCCUCUUGUAGCAAAAGUCAAAAACCACAAAUCUACCAUUUUCAAGCCUGUCCUAAUUAAUAAUAUUGAUUCGCUGGUCUCUCUUUAACCUCAAAAUGCCAUCCGUCAUCAAAGUCGGCGCCGCUCAAGCGCGCACUCUAAACACCCUCACCGAAACUCUAACCGACCUCGAGGAAAUCACCAAGAAAGCAGCAGCGCAAAACAUCGAUGUCCUGCUCUUCCCCGAAGCUUACUUAGGCGGCUAUCCGCGAGGCUGUGACUUCGGCGCCGUGAUCGGCUCACGUUCCGACGCCGGCCGUGAGCAGUUCCUCCAGUACUUCCGCGCAGCGGUUGAUUUGGGGGAUACCCCUGAGGGAGCUGGCGACGCUUGGGUUGAGAAAUCUUUGCCUGCGCCGAAGAAUGGGGGCGUGAGAGGUGAUGGGACGAGAGAGGAGCUGGAGAGGAUUUCGAAGCAGACGGGCGUUUUCCUCGUUGUGGGACUAAUUGAGAGGUGUGGGGGAACCUUGUACUGUGGUGCUAUAUACGUGGAUCCUGUGCAUGGCGCUUUGGGGAAGAGGAGGAAGUUGAUGCCGACGGGCAGCGAGAGACUUGUUUGGGGCCAGGGAGCGGCUUCCUCGCUGAGAGCUGUUACCACGGAGAUUCGCGGUACUAAGAUUAUCAUGGCUGCUGCUAUUUGCUGGGAGAACUACAUGCCGCUCCUCAGACAAAGUCUGUACAACCAGAACGUCAAUCUGUUUUUGGCGCCAACGGCCGAUGCCCGUGACACAUGGUUGAGCGCUAUGCGCAUGAUUGCUUGCGAGGGUAGGUGUGUAGUUGUCUCAGCCAACCAGUGCCAGCGAAAGAGCCAUUUGCCCGCAUGGGUCAAGGGCGACGUCUCCAAGGGCGACGACUUCGUCUCUCGUGGCGGAUCCUGCAUUGUUAAUUCCAACGGCACUGUUCUUGUUGAGCCGUUGUGGGAGGUUGAGGAUGGUGGGUUGAUUAGCACCGAGGUUGAUAUGGAUGAUUGUGAGAGGGGGAGACUUGACAUGGAUGUUGCGGGAAGCUACUCAAGGAAUGAUGCCUUCAAUUUCUCAGUGGUUGGUCUUGAUACUACCCCACCAGCUUAGGGGAUGAUUAAUAGCACUAUAGUUAGUCGCUUGUUUAAUAGGCUAAAAAUUGCAACUUUAAGAGGGAGGAUACGAAGCACAAUUCGAUUUUAGAGGUGGUGAGCUAUAAAGCUUCCACUAACGUGAGAUUCUUAGCGGUGAUAGGGGCAUACGUGGUAAAAAAGGGGGGUGGUGGUGGAAGGUUGAUGGGGGGAAGGGAUGGCGGUGAGACGAGGUGAUGGUGGUGAGAAGUGAUAAACCAGCCAGUACGACGAUGCUCUGGGCAGUCUAUGCAAACGGCGAACAUCUGACUGCUAUUGUACGGUAAAGAUAUCCCAUAUUAUCUUUGCAGGAAAUGGAGCGAGUUUGGUGAGGAGUGUGGCUGUUGGUUGGUCGCCGUCGCGGUUUAAAUAUCCCGUUGGAUAUAGGGGCAGAUCACAGUAUAAUAGGCAUAUUCUUCAAAGCUUCAAUGGAGUUGGCUUUCGAGAGAUAGACAGAGCUAAAAAUACAACUUCUACUGAC